AUGUACCCUGGUACACUGCCACUGAACUGCAAGGCCAGGUCGAUGAUAAGGGACAGUAUGUUUUCGGUGGAUGUUAACUACACACGUGUGUCAGAGUUUGUUAUUGUGGGCUUCCCGAGUCUCCAGCCAGAGCAUUUUGACCUGGUGGCGUGGUUCUUCUUCUUCCUCUAUGUGACCACGUUGGUGGGCAACCUCUUGCUGGUGGUGCUGUUUGCUUUGGAGCAGAAUCUCCAGAAGCCCAUGUACAUUGUCAUGGUCAGCUUGGCCCUCUCAGAUAUUGGCUUUACCACAGUGGCUUUACCCAAAUUAAUUGCUCGCUACUGGUGGAAUGAUGGGAGUCUUGGCUUUCAAACUUGCCUCUUCCAAAUGCACAUGAUCCACUAUUUUGGCUCCUUGAAUUCCCUGAUUUUACUGACAAUGGCCCUGGACCGAUAUCUGGCCAUCUGUUUUCCUUUCAGAUACUCAAUGGUGAUGACAAACCAAACCAUGUUAGGCCUCACACUCUUCUGCUGGGUGGUGGCACACAUCUUCUCUGGAAUUAGCACCUUCCACUUCACCAUGAUGCCAUUUUGUGGGCCCAACCAAAUCGUACACGCUUUCUGUGACACCAUGUCUGUUAUGGCUCUAGUGUGUGGGGACACCAGCAAACAAUUCCGCGAUGCCUUUGCUGGAGCAAUGUUUAUUCUGUACGUUCCUUUAGCCUUGAUUGUCAUCUCUUACAUUUGCAUCAUUAUCUCAGCAUUGAACAUGGCCACUGGACAGGGCAGAAUGAAGACCUUCUCUACCUGUGCCACCCAGGGCUGCAUCAUUUCCAUCUACUACUUACCACGUUUCUUUGUCUACUCCACACCUUACUUUCCCAACUUGAUAAUGACCCCAGACAAGCGUAUAGCCACUGCCCUCUUCUACAGUCUUUUCCCUCCACUGAUCAACCCGUUUAUCUACUGUCUCAGAACCAAGGAGCUCAAGCUAAUUUUAAAACGCUGGGUCCAGAGACGAAAGAGCAUUAUGCCUAUGAAGCAUGGCCAAAUUGUGGCUGUCACCAAGUCAUACUGA